AUGCAAGUAUUUCAGACUUUUCAGAACUUAGCAACAAGUCAUAUUGACUUUGAAAUAACUUUAUUGAUGGUUUUUGCUUCUACAAAUAGUAUCGUUUUUAUAUUUUACUGCCGUUCAUGGAAUCACAACAAGACACAUUAUUUGAGACAUAAAUCAUGUCACAUUUUAAAAAUUAAUCAUUUGAUGUCUUUAUUAAUGAGCAUUACUUUAUUUUUAAUUAAUAUGAACAAUGUUAUUGUAUUGAUUGUAAUUAAUGGAUUAAAUGUAAAUCGUAAGAUUCUAAUUACAAAUUGGGCUAUCGUUCAGUCCAUUAUGGCUCUAAUAGCACAUUCUCAAAAUACCGUUUUCCCGAAUAUUUUCGCUGUUUCCAUGUUUCUACUAGCAAUACAAAAAGUCAUAUCAUUGAAAUUUCCAAAUUUUCGAUCAUUCGUUAGGUUUCGACCCCGAUGUCUUGCAUUUAUAAUUAUCAAUUCUUUUAUAAUUUCUUUAGUUCAUAAAGUUGCUAUACCAACCAUUUGCUCAUGGAAACAAUAUGACAACAACAUUUUAUGUGUAUUGAAGAACAUCGAUAUUUCUUCAAUGUUCUCGUAUUUUUUAAGUUGUGCAAGUAUUUCAAUUUAUGGCUAUUUGAUUUUGUUUGUGAACGAUCUUCCUGGAAAAAAGUACAGCUCGGUUUCCAAAACCGUUAUUCUUCAGACAUUUUCGAAUUUCCUUUUCCAGUCUAUGUUAUAUGUUAUAAAAAGAGAAAUAGGUACCGGUUCUGUUAUUUUUCAAAACUCCCUGGCUUGUACAAUUAUGGAACUCAAAUUUCUCGCACUCAUCAUUUAUUUACCUUUUAUUAUAUUCAAUUGCAGAAAAUAAACGUAUUUCCGAUUUAUUACCAAUUGCAUAGAUUUAUCACCAAUAUAGCACCAAAUAUAAAAGUAAACUUUU